UUGAAAAUUUUGAGGCUAAUCUAAGAACCGAGCCAGGUUUUGGAAAAUGUGCCCCUUCUUUUUUUGAGAUAAAAGGCCUGGGUCUAAACCUUAUUGACAGUAAAGUACAGUUGAGUUACAAAUAUCAGAAUACAAAUGGAUGGAGGGCUAUCAAGGAGCAAGAAAUUAGCAUGGGGCUGUCUGCUUCCAUGGAUAAAAAGAGCAGGUUAAUGAAAUCCUCCUGCAUUGCCACCAUGAGUUCUUGUUUCAGUGCAAGUGAGGCCGACAUUGAGACGUGUUUCUCUGAAAUCAUCCGUAAUCCGCGUGCAGUCAUCGGUUAUUUGUGCUUCAUGGUCUUUUUCCUUGUGAUGGUAAUGAGCAGUGAUCAACUGUCACCCUAUAAUAUUCUGCUCUGGCUUGGAUUGAGUGUGUGCUUGCUAGCCGCAUUUCUCAAGGUAUUUUACUGUAAACAUCACCAAGAUGAAAUCCCGAUGUCAACUAACAAUGAAGAGAUGGAGCAUGAGGAACAACAGAUCGAUGUGCCUCCAUUUGCAACAAGACAGCAGUUGCCUGAUAUUAGGAUUCAACUUGCUUCUCUUGAUCGUGAAUUUGAUGAGAGAGAUUAUGAUGCUUUGAGGGCAUUAGAUAAUGAUAUUGUUCCCGACGCUCCGGCAAUGACCGACGAACAAAUCAAUGCUCUUCCCCUUUUCAAGUACAAGGGUCCAUCAUUCAUUGACUCUGCCUAUGACAUAAAUAGUCAUAUAUCUUCAGAACAGUUUGCAUCAUCUUCAACUUUAAUUGGAAAUGAGAUUAUGGCUGAAGAUGCACUCGAGUGUGGGGUUUGCUUGGAAGAAGUCAAUGGAGGUGAACUUAUCAGAAGAUUGCCUUGCUCCCACCAGUUCCAUGCAAGUUGCAUAUAUCCAUGGCUUCAGCGACAUGGUACGUGCCCUCUAUGCAAGUCUAAUGCAAGCUGUGAAGAGAACGAGAAUGGUGUAGAAUCUUGAAUACGAGCUCUCAGUUUCAGAGCCCGUUGGCAACCAGAGAUGUGAUCAUAGUGAGCAUCAUGUAACUUCUUUUUUAUAAUAUAUAACAUUGCAAGUAUGUUUUUGCUAUAGAACUUCUUGAAGAAAUGUUAUUAUGUUUUUGUUGUUAGGUAUCUGCUAAUAGCUGGGGUUUGUCAGUAUCUUAUUUGUGUCUGUUUUUACUAAUAGAACUACAUAUGAGGGAUAUAUUCAGGUUUAUCCAAGUCAUCUUUAUUCCACUUAUCUAUAUGGGUAUAGGAUAAAUCUCACUAAAUACCCGAGAAGUCUUGAAAUGUCACUUAACCCCACAUGUAAUCUUGAAUACAAGUUUUUAGUUUUGGGCUCAUUGGCAAUCAGAUAUAAGAUCAUAGUGAGCACCAUGUAGCCCCUUAUAUAUUAUAAUAUACAACAUUGAAAGUAUCUUUUUGCUUAAUAAAUCAUAGAAAAUGUGUUAAUAUGUUUUUGGUGUUAUGUCAAUCUGCUAAUAACUGAGGUUUGUCAAUAUCUUAUUUUGUUUCUCUUUUACUCAUAGAAAUACAUACUAGGGGUGUGAUCAAGUUAAUCUGAGUCAUCUUUAUUCGACUUGCCUAUACGAAUAAAGGGCAGGGUUAAAAAAACCCCAAAGAAGUUUGGCCCAUUUUGAGAUAACCCCUAAAAGGUUUGGAAAUGUCACUUUAUCUUGAAUACAAGUUUUCAGUUUCGGGGCUAAUUGGCAAUCGGAUAUAUAUGAUCAUAGUCAUCAUCAUGUACUCCCUUUUUGUUAUAACAUGUAACAAUGCAAAUGUGUUUUUGCUCAAGAAAUCAUUGAAGAUAUGUUGGUGUGUUUUUGGUGUUAAGGUAUCUGCUAAUACUGAGGUUUGUCAAUAUCUUACUUUGUUUCCGUUUUUACUAAUUGAGAUACAUACUAGGUAUGUGAUCAAGUUAAUUUGAGUCAUGUUUAUUCCACUUAUCAGGCAGGGAACUGGAAAUCCUUAGCAUGUAACUUUUCUAUGUGGCAAGUUUUAUUGUUAUUACCCAAGAGGGUCUAGCUAAGUUGCUAAGCUGCCUAUGAGUAGUAGUCUAAGGUUUUAGGUUUGAUUCUCCUGUGGAGCACCGACAGAAAUUUAAUUUCCUAGAAUACCGGAGGCGAAUGCGUUGGGGGGUGCCCCUUAGCCACUCCGGGGGUCCGAAGGAUUGCAGUGAAGUUCCCUCGUCAAACCAAAAAAAAAAGUUUUCUUGUUAUUACUUUAGGUCAACUUCAAACCAAAUCAGCGACUUUGGGGGUAGCAAUUACUGUAAUAAAAGGGAUGCUCCAACGCAAUUACUGUCAUUAAAGCGAUGCUACAACCAAUCAACUAUGGAGAUGUGUGAUUACUGUAAUUAAAUUGUUUAAUCUAACAUAUUGAAGAAAUGGAAACAAGGCCUCUAAUAAUAGGUUCUGUCAAAAUCUUACCUCAUAAUUCCAAGUUUUUCGUGUAAGUGCAAGGUAACUAUGAGUACAGAAUUUAAAACAUCAUCCUAUCUUGAAAGUAUCAACAUUGAAUCAUGUGAUGACAUCAAUUCUUGGCAAGAACAAUAGAAAUAAAGUAUGCACAGGUAAUGUGAUCAUAUGCGAGUUUUGUCCAUCGGGUUGGAUCUCAAUGAUCCAAGUAAACCACUUCCUUCAAAACAACCUUAUGAGCUGAAAGUAACCUGGAAUCAUAAUUCAACAAGACUUAUAUAGGAAAAAGUAUAGAAAGAGAGAUAGUAGUUCUACCUAGUUAUCAAACUUUAGCAGGCAAAUUUGUACAAAAACUAAAGUAGUAAGGUCUCCUUUACUGGGAACUGAUCAUAUAAUGAACCUUAAUUUCAUCUAAUUAGGUUUUUUAAACUCAUCCAUUUGUUAACCAACAAUAAUUUUAAUUGAUCUCAACAAUAAUUUUUGUUAUAGGACAAGUAUAUCAAUUUAGUGUGGACUAUUUUUUGGCUUUGCUUUUAUAAUAUAAUGUGUCAAAGUCCUUUUAUUCGACGUAUAGCUUUACUUUACUUCCUCCUUUAGUAGGAUUUGAACAUGGCCUCUGGUUUGCCAAUCUUCCGCUUCGCCAAUCAACUGUACAUCAUUUAAUUUUUCAAAGACAAAUUUUAGAGAACUCUUCAUUACUUUCCAUCAAUGAGAACAUUCAGUGUUUCAAUUCCAAAAUUGCUUUUUAGAGGUGAAAAUAGGAAGACCAUAACAAUUGACUUUAAUACUGAACAGAUACUAAUGACUAUUUUUGGAGAGAUAAAGGCCUUCGCCCGAUUUAUUAUAUAUUGUUGAAAUAAAAGAAAGAGAAGAAAUUUUUCUAUCUCGUUACUGAUUAUGAAGAAGAGAGUAAUACUGCAUAUACGUGUACACCUUGUCGUGUAUCUACAAAAGGAAAACUCUAAUAAGAAAAUGAAAGAUAAUAAAUGACAGUCCGAAUAAAAAUAUACUAUAUUUAACUGAUACAUUGAAUCUGGGCUCCUAUUAAAAGCAAAUGAAUAUCUUCGAACAUAUAAAAGUGCAGUUACAAAACGAGGAGACUUAACAAAAAUGAUGCUCUCAGUGAAUUGUUUGCAUCACAUGAAAAUAAGAAGUCUAUCGGUUAUAAGCAUGAGGACUAUCAGGUAGGACUUUGAUCCCCAAAAUUUAGCUAGUCAAAGCUGAAUUAUGAAUAAUAUCUAUUGACAUCGAACACCUAUGACCAUUUCCAGAAUCAUGACGAAAUUGUCUUUUUCCCUCGAGUCAUUAAUUACAAGAUUCAUAAUCCUAUCCAUGCAAAAGAGUCCAAGCAACAGCUAGCUAUGUGACCACAAAACAUUAAUUCACCAGAGCAUAAACUGAUUGAAGAAAACUUUUAAGACUACUAAAAACCAUGGCAGAAACUAGUCCGAGAUGCUUUAUAUUGGUCUAUGCCAUUAUUUCAAUUUUCAUGUUUUCUGAGGUGAAGGCUGAUUUUGGGAAGGCAUGCGAAGGGGACUGGUUUGAAUUCAUAAGAGAAUGCAAUAGUUUUAUUGCGAAGGAUAAACCGCCGAUGAAUCCAUCAAAUGAAUGUUGCGUGCAGUUCAAGAAUGCAGAUAUCCCUGCUACUGUAGCAAAAUCUUCAAGCAUUUAGAAGGAAUUGUGAGUGUUAAAAAGGUUGCUGAUGCUGGCAAAUAUUGCCAGCGUCCUUUAAUGAGUGGAAGCAAAUGUGGAAGUUACACUGUUCCAAAGGCUUGAGAUUGGCAAAAGAUGGAGAAAAUGAAGAAAAAAAAUAUUUGUACUAGUUUAUGUAUGAGAAAAUGUACUCUGAUGAAUGGCAUCUAAAACUUAUAAUAGGGGCAUUGAAA